AUGCCCAAUCAUCGGAAAUGGAUCGGUCUCAUUCUCGUCUGCAUGGUGGGAGUUGCCCACGCGGACCCUUGGGAUGACUUUGCCAAUAACCUAUUCACGGAUCUAGCACCGCUUCUUGCUCUGUUCGGCGAACGCGUAACUAUGCAAUUCAUGAGCCAAGCGCUGGGCUGGGAAGACUGUGUUUUGCUUGCCAUGGCCCCUCUGGGAAUCAUCACCAUCCUCGUCAGCGCGAUCCGGGUCGGUGGGCCAGCUUGGCUGAAAGCCGUCGUCGGAAGGGCUAGGGAGAACAUAUCGGCCGCCGAAAUGGACCUGAUGUCAUCGACAUCCAAAGAAGUCUGCGAGUUGUACAAUGGCCAGACAAUCGUGCGGUGUCAGGGAUCAAGCCCGGUGUGGGAGUUCAUCUAUCUCAUCCCUGCUACUCCGAAAAAGCAGGUCCCGAACAAGAAACUCGACAUCAAGGUGGUUACUCUGGAGGAGGCGUGCAAGGUGGACAAGAAGCUGCUGCAUAAAUUGGAUAGUGACUCACCCCAGGGCAAAGCUCCGCCUUCUCAAAGCCCGCCUCCGAGUUCAAGCAAGAUGGCGAGAAUCUUCCACAAGGUAUUUGCAGGCUCACCGUCGUCGAGCACCAGAGAUAUCUCCAUCGAGCAUGGUAUCGAGCUGGAGACCAUCUCUGAACAGCCUUCCGAUGAAGCCAUCUAUGUCAUUCGAAACAUGGGCUCUGAUGCCCCAAACAUCAUCUUGAAUCUGCAGAACCAGAACAGCAACCGCAAAGAACUACGGGCAUUCGCUCUGGUGGGAGUCAUCUUACAGUUGUGUGUCUUGCUCUUCUUUGUCAUUAUCACAUACCAUCCGACUAUCAGGCAUAGCUUCCGAAAGGGUGACCAGCGCGUCGACGAUUAUGCGUGUCCCUUGGCUAUUACUGGCACAAUCGUGCUUGCUAUUGGUGUUUUUCUUUGUGGCACCGUGGUCGAACACAGCACGCGAGAAACGCGCUACAAGAAGAAUGAAAAGUACGAAAUGCGAAUCGUCUGGAUCCAACAGAAGCAGACCGUUGGCGACCAAGUGUUCGAGCCCUUUGCGACCUUCCCAGACGCGCCUCGGGAAGUCGUCACCGUGUCUCGACGUUGUGAUAAGUCCAAAGCUCGAGCGCUGGAGCCCCUAACGAUCACUGGCAUCUGCAUCGGCUUGGCUGGCUUUUUCAUUCAAUUCAUCGGACUCAGAGGAAUGAACUCAGCGGCAACCCUGACUCAACUUGCCGUUAUCGGAAUCAUGGUGUCGAUCCGAGCAUGGGUGCGAAGAGGGCUUGCGCUUCCUCCUCGACAAGAGAAGCUGACAUCAGGCUUCGAGCUUGAUAUAUUGGCUUGGUCACUCACGCUCUUGAAUCAUUCACAGAACCAAAGAUUGGGCCCAGAGGUAUCUCCCACAGGCCUCGAACAAGGCGUCGCCUCUACUAACAAUGCUAAAAACGGAGAAACACGUCAACGGGCAGAGCGAGGUUCUCGAGAUCUGGCACAGAUGGGAAGUAUGGGAACGUUUAUGAAUCUUGGAAACCGAAAGCAUUGUUCAUGGAGUCUCUGGACUGGAGGCAAUGUCGACUACCGGCCUUUCCUGAAAACCCGUCUAUCAUCCGACUCUAGAGCUCAGCAAGUGUUGGGAACGCGACGGGGCCUCAACAGACUUGCACAGCUUAAAGGACCAAGAACUACCGAGGCAAUCAAUCUUGUCACGGCCAUGGAGAAGGUGUUGAAUGUCCUCUUUCCCUCCAGAUUGGAGAGUGGGGUAUUAGUUUGGACAUGGCCACUCCCGGUUAUUUACAGUGACCACGAGUCGGCUGAAUGCUCUAAAUGUUACGUUCACAUCUAUCUCAUUCUGAAAGAUAGAUCCUGGGUAGUGCUGACUGACCAGCUUGAAUCGGUUCUGUCGCUCUGCUUGUUCACUGUCCAUAAGCAAAAAGAGAGUCAACGGGAAGAGGAACCCUCUGGAUCUGACCUGAGUGAUGAAAAUCACGACUGGCUUCGCCAGGAAGCGAUGGACUCAGACAUGUGUAUCAGACUUUUUGGCUCAACAGACGCAAAAAAGAUGAACCAGUUGUUUCGAGACCUUCACAUGUGGGCGCCCGACACUUUCGAUGCUCUUGCCGAGCUUGAAGAGGUGUUGGAUUUCGAUGACGAGCGCGAGCUAGAAGAAACAUUGGGUGUUCAAGACGGACAUUCUAGACUUCUGGCAGAACACAAAAUCAGACCAAAGUUCCCUCCAAUCUGCGUUGAGAGCCAUAGAGUUGUCGGUUGUGGCCCUACUAGCCUGCCGUCUCCACAGCACCAAAGGCAAUGGGGGUUUCGCGACGUUUCCAUCGACUCCAGGCCGGGGAAACGAAGAGGAAUUCUAUACACAUCAACCAAUGACUCUUUGGAAAAGCUCUAUGCCAAAGAUAUUCUCUUCUCCUUCCUCUUCUCGGCUGCAAAAACCCUGCGAAAGCCCCUUCAGAGCGAAGUCACAACAAGGGAAACAACUGUCAAGCGCAGCAUGAAUCAGCAGUCGAUCUCACUCGCAACAAAGGAAAUUACCUCUGUAGCUACAGAACUUGUCCGUCUUGGCUACGGGACUGAACAAGAGGUCUGGACUUGCAUAAUCACACCGAUGAGCCUUGCCGGGAAGCUUCCUUUCCCAGAACCCCUGUUCGACUUGGCAAGGGGCAGAGCCGAAAAGAUGCGUCGAGAACACAAUUGGCGAGACCUAACCAGCGAGUGCUUGAAGUUAUGGGAACAGACUCAGUCCCAUACUUUGAACUCUUACAUCCAUGGCUAUGGUACUGCGUUGUUUAUGGAGCGUUUUCGCGAAGUGGAUGACAAGAGGAAAUUGGCCGACUUUGAAAACGAUUCCAUGCGGUUUCAUGUUUGCAGGGCUUCACGAAAGCUCCAGUCCGUAUCAAGAGGUUCCAAGCAUCAGCCAGACUUUUUUGCACACCUCUUCAGACUCUACGAAAAACAAGGGCGCCCAAUACAGCGAGAGCGGAUUCCCCAUCUGACAAGUACAACUCCACAGGACAUCUUUCCAGAUUAUUUUGGCAUCACCAAACUGCACCUCAAGGUCAUGGAAUCCCACGAGGUCGACCGAAUCAGAAUCCGUGACAGGGAAGUGUGGGACGCUCGGAAUCAAAGAGACAUUUGCGGCUGGACACCUCUGCACUAUUGUUCAGUAAAGGGAAACCUGGAAUCCCUCAGCGCUGUGCUGAAAUUGGGUGCUGAUCCGAAUCACAAGGAUCUUCGUGGGUUUACUCCAGUACAUUACGCCUUUCAGAAUGGAGGAAAAGGGCCUAUCAAGAUGCUUCUGAAGCACGGAGGGCAACUUGAGGCCCAAGGUUUCGACGGAGCAACUCCAAUGCACCUUGCGGCAAAACAUGGCAACCUCGAGGCUAUCAGGAUGGGGAAAGGUCCGGAAGAGGCGCCUUUCAAGCUGAGGGACCACGAUGGACGCCUGCCCGUUCAUUGGGCAGUGAUUUAUGGCCGUGAAAGAGUGGUGCAAGAGCUCAAGAGCACUGUUGAUGAGCCAGACAUGUUCGGUUGGACCUCGCUUCACCUCGCUGCCCUGUUUCGUGAAAGCGGCUCAAGCUUGUUACAGACAGUAUUCAAGCUAUCGGCCAAAAGGGAGAUGACAGAUGAAGAGGGUCGCACAGCUCUUAUUCUGGCAUGUGACAGGGGGAAUAUACAGGCUGCCCAGCAGCUUAUAGAAGCAGGUGCAGAUGUCAAUGCCACGACGCCGAAUGGCGCAACAGCUCUCUAUUACGCCAUGACAAAUUCGUUUCGUGGGGACCGCACAACACUGAUUCAGGCCCUUGUCGAUCAAGGUGCAAAGAUCGACGCCCCGCUCAGGGCCGCGCACGAUUCAACCGCCCUGCAUCUCGCUGUGCACAGCAGAAACAUUACCAUUGUGGAUAUUUUUUUAGGCGCACUCAAUAGUCUGCAGUCUGAGGCUCGUUCCUUGGCUAUCAACAUGAGCGACAACAACGGUGAAACGGCGCUACAUGUGGCAGCGUCGUUGAGGGUGGUUGGAACCAUGGGGCUGCUUCUCUUGGCGGGAGCAGACCCUAACAAGAAAGACAAGAAAAACGAAACUCCCUUGCACUAUGUUUUAAGGCCAGGUGAACAUAAAAAGGGUGACUGUCUGGAGAUGGUCAAAAUGCUGGUGGAGAAACAUGCGAACAUUCGGGCGCAGGACAGACUUGGGAGAUUGCCACUGGACAUUGCCAAAGAAAAUCGGCAUACAGAUGCCGCAGAGUAUCUCAAGGGGAUGUCAAGAUCUUGA